AUUUACUAAGAUACCAACUGAUGACGUUAUAUUUGUGUGUGUUCGAGAGUGUCACACAGACACAGGUUUCGGUCGCCGCACGCCAGAUUUGUCUAACUGCUGACAGUUUACUUGUCGGAAAGUUGCUUCUCGUCGCCGUGAGUGAGGAGGAGUAGGAAUCCGAUGGCCAGGAAGAUUGCUUCUGAUCGUUUUUCUUACCGUGAUGAUCCUUACCGAAGAGACUCACAUCGGACUUUCAGCAGCCAAAGCAAUACGUGCAAGAAUUGUAAGCGACCUGGUCAUUUUGCUCGAGAGUGUCCCAAUGUCUCUAUCUGCCACAAUUGCGGCCUUCCUGGGCACAAUCUAUCUGAAUGCUCCGCGAAGUCUGUGUGUUGGAACUGCCGUGAACCAGGUCACAUGUCUAACAGCUGCACCAACGAAGGCAUUUGUCACAGCUGCGGUAUAGCCGGGCACCAAGCUAAAGACUGCACGGCUCGCCACCUCCCUCCUGGUGACCUUAGACUCUGCAACAACUGUUACAAGCAAGGUCACUUCUCAGCUGAUUGCACUAACGAGAAGGCCUGCAACAACUGCAGGAAGACGGGCCAUCUAGCUCGUGACUGCAGAGACGAUCCCGUUUGUAAUCACUGUAACCUGGCUGGACACCUUGCUAUCAAAUGCCCCAAAACCCAUGUGUUAGCAGCAGAAGAGCGAAGACCACGAGGGAUCAGAGCACAAUACAGGGAGGAGGAUGUGGUUUGCAGGAACUGCCGGCAAGUGGGUCAUAUGAGCAGAGACUGCACGGCUAGGCUGAUGAUAUGUCGAAACUGUGGUGGAAGGGGACACAUUGCGUAUGAAUGCCCUUCUGGGAGAUUAGUCAACCACCACCACUACCACCCCUUUAGGUACUAACUAAGUAGCUUUUAGUUUACAAACCGGUCUUGUCUUCUAAGGAGAACCAGAAUUGAUCUAUGGUUUUGUAAUGACUACUUUCUUUCUCGGUAUCUUUAGACCUGAACCAUCCGGUUAAUCUAGACCGGCCAUGAUCAAGAAUUUACUUUUUAAAUCAGAA